AAUCAUUGUCUUUGAUUUUUCUUUCCAUGCUUUUUGCACUUCAAUUUUUCUCGGCUAACUUUAAUUACAAUUGAUGGAAUAUUGAUAAAUUACAAAGUAGUUAUGAUUGAUAAGAGAUUUUCCUCAAUAACACUACCUUCAUCAUUAUCAUCUUUUUCAUCUAAUCUAAACUUUCAUCUCCUAAUGAUUAACUCAGGAGACUACAAAACCUAUUCUAAUUUUCUUCUUGGAAUUCAUUGGUGAAAUUAUUAUUCAAGUUUAAUCAACUAUUUUUGGUGAUGUUAUCUCAAGUUGGCAGCAAACUUUUUUGGAGAUGGACCGGUAGAGUGAGAUUUAUUCACACUGACAAUUUACCUAUCAUUGAGACUGCUGUUGAUCGUUCUUCUGAUCUUUUCAAGGAGAAUUAUGAACAGUUAAAUGGAGCAACAACCAGAUUAAAACAAUUGUUACAAAAGAUAUCUCAAGGUGGUGGAGAAAAAGCCUCGACUAGACACACAUCCAAAGGCAAAUUAUUGGUCCGUGAUCGUAUCAAUGAGCUUCUGGACCCAGGAUCGCCAUUUUUGGAACUAUCACCGCUAGCGGCUUAUCAAGUCUACCCUGAUGAAGAGGUUCCAUCAGCUGGUAUUGUUACUGGAAUAGGAAAAAUUAAUGGUAUUGAUUGCAUGAUUACUGCCAAUGAUGCUACAGUCAAGGCUGGAACUUACUACCCAGAGACAGUUAAGAAACACUUGAGAGCUCAGCAAAUUGCUUUGGAAAACAAAUUAACGUGUAUUUAUUUAGUCGACUCUGGUGGCGCUAAUUUACCUCAUCAAGCUGAAAUAUUUCCAGAUGUUAAUCACUUUGGACGGAUCUUUUAUAACCAGGCAAACAUGUCUGCGUUAGGUAUACCCCAGAUUGCUGUUGUAAUGGGAAGCUGUACUGCUGGUGGUGCCUAUGUUCCAGCCAUGUCUGAUGAAAAUAUAAUCGUUCAUAAACAAGGAACUAUUUUUCUGGCUGGACCACCCUUAGUCAAAGCAGCAUUAGGUGAAGAAAUUUCCGCUGAAGAUUUAGGUGGUGCCUCAUUGCAUUGUAAAGUUUCCGGAGUUACUGAUUAUCUUGCUCAAGAUGACCGUCAUGCUCUCCAAUUAGCCCGUAAAGUUGUCUCCAAUUUAAAUAUUAAGAAAAAAGGCUGGUCAAGUAAUUAUGAUGAAGACAUUGAUGGACCGAUUGAGGAACCUUUAUAUCCAUUAGAUGAUUUAUAUGGAAUUGUUGGUGAAAAUUUGAAACGCCCUUUCGAAGUACGUGAAGUAAUUGCUCGGAUUGUCGAUGGAAGUCGUUUUGAUGAAUUUAAAGCACUUUACGGAGAUUCUCUAGUUACUGGAUUUGGUCGAAUUUAUGGUAAAAAAAUUGGAAUCGUUGCCAAUAAUGGUGUUCUUUUUUCUCAAUCAGCUUUAAAAGGAGCUCAUUUUAUUCAGCUAUGCAGUAAGCGAGGUAUUCCACUUUUGUUCCUUCAAAAUAUUACCGGCUUUAUGGUUGGUAGAGAGGCUGAAUCUGGAGGAAUAGCAAAAGAUGGUGCAAAAUUGGUAACUGCCGUUUCAUGCGCCAAAGUUCCUAAGUUUACUGUCUUAAUUGGAGGGUCCUAUGGUGCUGGAAACUAUGGUAUGUGUGGACGAGCUUAUAGUCCAAGAUUCCUAUUUACCUGGCCUAAUUCAAGGAUCUCAGUAAUGGGAGGUGAACAAGCAGCUAAUGUUUUAGCUACUAUCGCUGCUGAUCAAAAGCGUCGUGAAGGUAAAGAAUUGACGCCGGAAAAAGAAAAAGCCAUCAAAGAUGUUAUAUUAUCUAAAUUUGAAUCAGAGGGUAGUCCAUACUAUUCAAGUGCUCGACUUUGGGACGACGGAGUUAUUGAUCCUGUUGAUACACGAAGAGUUUUAGGGCUCUGUUUACAAGCUGCUUCGAAUGCUCCUAUUGAAAAAACUGAUUUUGGUAUUUUCAGAAUGUAAUUGGUUAAACAAUUAGAGGCAUUAAUUCAUCAUUACCAAGAAACAAUUAUAUCCAUGCGUGUAUAAAUUAAAUUGUUAUUUAUGAAUGUUGUUUGGACGCGUUCUUUUGUGCCAUAAUUUUGUUGCAUUAAAUUGUCUUUUCGUUAAA